UGGCGCCGCCUUUUCCUCUGGCUCCUGCGAGGGCUUGGUUUAGGGGUUCAGCUCUCUGCGUUCUUGGCUCCGGGAGGCCUCGGUGAUGCAGCCACAGCCUCUGCCUCCCGUUGCUCUGUGACCUGAGGGUAUUGGACGAUUUGUAGCUAAGACUCCCGGAUACCCUGAAGUCGGGAAAUGGUGAGUGUGCGGGGCAGGGCGUCCGGAGGCUGGGGAGGCCUCAUCGGAACCGGCGGGAAAUGGCGGCGGCGGGACCGAGUCUGCGAACGGAGUCCCCGCUGCCGCCUCUCAGCCCUCAGUCCCCUCCGGUGAGGGACCGGGCUCCUGUCGGUCCCCGCAUGGCGGCUCUGGCCCAGCCUGCGGCCCUCCUUGUGCAGUUCUGCGCCCGCAGCCCCGCACCUUCCCUGGGCCGUGGGGUGAGGAGGAGCUCAUCUGGAAGACGCCGGCGCCCGCGUGCGAGGUGCCCGCGUGGGAGGAGCUGUGGUCCGGGGGUCCGGUGCCUACUUUACCCUUUUCGGAAUGAGAUCGAGGCCCCAUCGAAACAAAGUUCAUGAUCUCUUAACAUUCAGGGAUGUGGCCAUAGAAUUCUCCCCUGAAGAGUGGAAAUGUCUGGACCCUGCCCAGCAGAAUUUGUAUAGAGAUGUGAUGUUGGAGAACUACAGGAACCUGGUCUCCCUGGGUUUUGUGAUCUCUAACCCAGACCUGGUCACCUGUCUGGAGCAAAUAAAAGAGCCCUGCAAUUUGAAGAUACAUGAGACAGCAGCCAGACCCCCAGCUAUAUAUUCUCCUUUCAGCCAAGACCUUUCACCAGUGCAGGGGAUAGAAGAUUCAUUCCACAAACUUAUACUGAGAAGAUACGAGAAAUGUGGACACGAGAAUUUACAACUAAGAAAAGGCUGUAAACGUGUGAAUGAGUGUAAGGUGCAGAAAGGAGUUAAUAAUGGAGUUUACCAAUGCUUGUCAACUACCCAAAGCAAAAUAUUUCAAUGUAAUACAUGUGUUAAAGCUUUUAGUAAAUUUUCAAAUUCAAACAAACAUAAGAUAAGACAUACUGGAGAGAAACCCUUUAAAUGUACAGAAUGUGGCAGAUCAUUUUACAUGUCACACCUAACUCAACAUACAGGAAUUCAUGCUGGAGAGAAACCCUACAAAUGUGAAAAAUGUGGCAAAGCCUUUAAUAGGUCCACAUCACUUAGUAAACAUAAGAGAAUUCAUACUGGAGAGAAACCCUACACAUGUGAAGAAUGUGGCAAAGCCUUUAGACGGUCCACAGUUCUGAACGAACAUAAGAAAAUUCAUACUGGAGAGAAACCCUACAAAUGUGAAGAAUGUGGCAAAGCCUUUACAAGGUCAACAACACUGAAUGAACACAAGAAAAUUCAUACUGGAGAGAAACCCUACAAAUGUAAAGAAUGUGGCAAAGCCUUUAGAUGGUCCACAAGCCUGAAUGAACAUAAGAAUAUUCAUACUGGAGAGAAACCCUACAAAUGUAAAGAAUGUGGCAAAGCCUUUAGACAGUCCAGGAGCCUGAAUGAACAUAAAAAUAUUCAUACUGGAGAAAAACCCUACACAUGUGAAAAAUGUGGCAAAGCUUUUAACCAAUCCUCAAGUCUUAUUAUACACAGGAGCAUUCAUUCUGAACAAAAACUUUACAAAUGUGAAGAAUGUGGCAAAGCCUUUACUUGGUCCUCGUCCCUUAAUAAACAUAAGAGAAUUCAUACUGGAGAGAAACCCUACACAUGUGAAGAAUGUGGCAAAGCCUUUUAUAGGUCCUCACACCUUGCUAAACAUAAGAGAAUUCAUACUGGAGAGAAACCCUACACGUGUGAAGAAUGUGGCAAAGCUUUUAACCAAUCCUCAACUCUUAUAUUACACAAGAGAAUCCAUUCUGGGCAAAAACCUUACAAAUGUGAAGAAUGUGGCAAAGCCUUUACACGGUCCACAACACUGAAUGAACAUAAGAAAAUUCAUUCUGGAGAGAAACCCUACAAAUGUGAAGAAUGUGGCAAAGCUUUCAUAUGGUCCGCAAGCCUGAAUGAACAUAAGAAUAUUCAUACUGGAGAGAAACCCUACAAAUGUAAAGAAUGUGGCAAAGCUUUUAACCAAUCCUCAGGCCUUAUUAUACACAGGAGCAUUCAUUCUGAACAAAAACUUUACAAAUGUGAAGAAUGUGGCAAAGCCUUUACUCGGUCCACAGCCCUGAAUGAACAUAAGAAAAUUCAUUCUGGAGAGAAACCCUACAAAUGCAAAGAAUGUGGCAAAGCCUAUAACUUAUCCUCAACCCUUACUAAACAUAAGAGAAUUCAUACUGGAGAGAAACCCUUCACAUGUGAAGAAUGUGGCAAAGCCUUCAAUUGGUCCUCAUCCCUUACUAAACAUAAGAUAAUUCAUACUGGAGAGAAAUCCUACAAAUGUGAAGAAUGUGGCAAAGCUUUUAAUCGGCCCUCAACCCUUACUGUACACAAGCGAAUUCAUACUGGCAAGGAACAUAGUUGAAUGACAUUUCUAGUAAACUCUAAUUCCAGUGUCUUAAAACAGCAAAUAAAUUGGAGAAUAUUGCUCCCAUAUAAA